AUGGUUAAGGAGAAGCCUAAUUCGAUUCGGAUAUACGACGAUGAAGGGUUUAGGCGCCGCGCGGCUUGUAUAUGCGUACGGUCAGACGCCGAAACGGAGGUGUUGCUUGUGACGUCUUCGCGUCGGCCUGACAAUUGGAUUGUGCCGGGUGGCGGCGUGGAGCCAGAGGAGGAGCCAUCAGUGACUGCGAUGCGUGAGGUUCUGGAAGAGGCCGGCGUCAUUGGCAAGCUGGGAAGAUGCCUCGGUGUCUUUGAAAACCGAGAGCACAAACACAGGACAGAAGUGUAUGUAAUGACUGUUACACAGGAGUUGGCUGAAUGGGAGGACUCCCGACUGAUGGGUCGGAAACGACAAUGGUUCUCUAUAGACGAUGCGCUUGCGCAACUCGCCCUACACAAGCCCAUACAACGUCACUACUUACAACAACUCAAGAGGUCUAAACAAAACAAAUCUGACGACCCCAGC